CUCCGGGGGUUCAUGUAGCGUGCGGAGGAGCACGAGCGGAAGCUGCGUUUGUUGUUCUCCCUUCUGUUUCCGAGACAUUCAGGGUUUGAUCGGCUUCAACAGCCGUGUCUGCAUGUCUCUAACAAUUCCCUCUGUAAAUUGUCUUCUACCGCUCCCGAAUGAAGAUUAAUAGGUAUGCCAAAGGAAAAAUAUGAUCCUCCAGAUCCCCGCAGAUGUUACACCAUCAUGCCAGCGGAGGAGGUGGCCAGUGGGAAGAAGUCUUACUGGUCCGAGCUCGAGGUUUCUGGACGAGUGAGGAGCCUGAGCACCUCAUUAUGGACGCUCACCCACCUGACGGUGCUGCACAUCAACGACAACAACCUGAGCCGCAUCCCCCCCGACAUCGCCAAGCUGUCCAACCUGGUCUACCUGAAUCUGUCGUCCAACAAGCUCCGCAGUCUGCCCGCUGAACUGGGCAACAUGGUCUCUCUCAGGGAAUUGCUUUUGAACAACAAUCUUUUACGAGUUCUUCCUUAUGAGCUCGGGAGGCUUUUCCAGUUACAAACCUUGGGGCUGAAAGGAAACCCUUUGUCCCAAGACAUCCUCAAUCUGUACCAGGAGUCGGACGGAACCAGGAAGCUUUUGAACUACAUGCUUGACAAUCUAGCAGUGCACCCAGAGCAGCUCCCACAAAGGCCGUGGAUCACUCUGAAAGAGCGAGACCAAAUAAGCCCAUCAGCCGCGUUUACCGUCAUGUGCUACAACGUCCUGUGCGACAAGUACGCCACCCGACAGCUGUACGGCUACUGUCCAUCCUGGGCCCUCAACUGGGAGUACCGGAAGAAAGGCAUCAUGGAGGAAAUCACCAGCUGCGACGCUGACAUCAUCAGCCUGCAGGAAGUGGAGACAGAGCAGUACUACACCAUGUUCCUGGAAACACUAAAGGAGCGCGGCUACGAUGGCUACUUCUGCCCAAAGUCUCGUGCCAAACUGGUUUCUGAACAGGAGAGGAAACACGUGGACGGCUGCGCUGUGUUCUUUAAGACCGAGAAAUUUACUUUGGUCCAGAAACACACUGUGGAGUUCAACCAGGUGGCCAUGGCCAACUCUGAGGGCUCCGAGGUCAUGCUGAACCGCGUGAUGACCAAAGACAACAUCGGGGUGGCCGUUCUGCUCGAGGUCAACAAGGAUAUGUUCUCCGAUGGCAUGAAGCUGCCACAGGAGAGGCAGCUGAUCCUGGUGGCCAACGCCCACAUGCACUGGGACCCCGAGUACUCGGACGUCAAGCUGAUCCAAACCAUGAUGUUCCUGUCAGAGCUGAAGAGCAUCGCUGAAAGGGCUUCGAGCUCCAUGGCGACCGGUUCGCCCACAUCCGACCCGUCCUCUAUCCCCAUCGUCCUGUGUGCUGACCUCAACUCACUGCCCGACUCCGGUGUGGUGGAAUUCCUGAGCAAUGGAGGAGUUGCCGACAACCACAAGGACUUCAAGGAGCUACGCUACAAUGAGUGUCUGACCAACUUCAACUGCAACGGCAAGAACGGCAACUCAGACGGAAGCAUCACACACAGCUUCCAGCUGAAGAGCGCCUACGACAGCAACCUGAUGCCUUACACCAACUACACAUAUGACUUUAAGGGCGUCAUUGACUACAUCUUCUUCUCAAAGACCCACAUGAGUGUCCUGGGCCUGAUGGGGCCGCUGGACAGCCAGUGGCUCAUCGAAAACAGCAUCACCGGCUGCCCCCACCCCCACAUCCCCUCGGACCACUUCUCCCUGCUGGCCCAGCUGGAGCUGCACCCUCCCCUGCCCCACCCGCUCCCCCCCCUCAACGGGCUGCACCUGCCGGUCCACAGGUAGUGCAGCCUGAGAGAGCCCCUUCCUGCGUCACCUUCAGAACACUGCCCCCCCUCCCCUUCUGUACAGAUUACCGUUCAUGUUAAAACUCUGACACCAUCCGACCCUGAGACACCCCUCUAAAGGAGUGAAGUAUUUGCCCGUUUGUUGUGCCUCUUGUUUUUGCACACUGUAAAUGUUUUUUUACAUGUUCUCCUCUUGAAAGGCUUCAUACCAAAAUGUUGGGCUUGGGAUGAGGUUGCUAUGGUGACCCCCAAUGUCAAUUGUUUCUUUUGCCUUAUAUAAUACAAGCUUGUAGAUGUUGCUCCUACAACAAGAACCCUUUAACUUAAACUACCCAAUUUUUAAAGAUGUCAUCCGCUUUAGGUGUUUUUUGACAUUUCACAGAAGUUUUUAGAGUAAAACACAACAUAUUACUAAAGCUGCAUCGCAUGUACAACCUGUUGGAGUCUAUAGAACGGGAACCUGCUUUCACUCCUUAUUUAACUGACAGGUUUUUUUACGGCACGAGAAACAGGGAAAAUUGGAAAUGUUUACACAGAUGUGAAAGCUUUGUUUACAGCUGCAGUUUUUGUAAACAGAGGUCUAUAUAUUUUUAAAUGUGAUCAGCAGAGAAACGCCAAAAUACUUAUUUCAAUUGAAUAUGGAGAAAAUUACAAUUUUUAAGGUUAACAAGUACUGAUUGGCUAUUUAAGUACUCGUGGUGCUAUGUGAAUGCAUCUUAGUUUCUACAUUCCCUUCUCUGGUUUAGUUUUGUUCAAUAAUUCCCUUUUAUCAUUGCUAAAUAUUAUAGUCGCAUCAUCUGCAAACAGUGAGUUCCUUGCAGUAUGAUGUAGUAAUACAAUUUGUUCAGUCAAAGUGAGAGCUCAAAUCCCAAAUAAUUAUAAAGAUUGCAAACAAAUAACCCCCUAGUCUUUGACCAACAAUAUACUUUAAGAUUUUGAAUUCAUUCUUUCAAACACCUACGGUCUUAAGAGUAUCGUCCUAUUUCCCCUCACCUGACUGGCCAAAGAUUCCCCUUAAAUGAGUGACUUAUGCUCUGUCCACAAUAUCAAAACAUGUAUUUCAUGGUGCAAGAGAAAGGAAAAAAAACUUCAAGAAUCGUAUCAGUUAUUCGUGAGCGGCAGCAGAAUGUAUUUACUAAAAGCUCAGCAUCAGAUUGGUUGUUGCUACACCCUGUUGACUUUGUGUUUGUGUCAGAUUAUUAGAUCUAAUAGCCCUUUAUGUCAGUUGUAACUCAGGGCUAUGCUAUGCAUCCAACAUACCUCUCAAACUGAAGAGCAAAACCAAACAGGAAGCUAUUGGUUUGAAAUUCUUUAUAAAGCACAGGUAAUAUAUGUACUCGCAUUCAUAUAUGUUGUUGUCAUAGAAAUCCCACACCUUGAAGCAUUUUUUUUUUUUUUAUAUCACUGCUGCUUUUCUAAAUUAAAGAAAAAAUGAUAACUUGGGAAAUAUCAAUUGGAUAUCUGGUGCAAAAAGAUAAAUAUUGUUUAUUGACUUGAAAAAGCUGUGGUUUCGCUUUUAAAAGAGGCUGUAGUAUCAAUGUGGGAUGAUGGGAUAGGACUGGGUAUCAAUACUGAUGCAGUAACUGAGUUUCAGUACCAAUACAACUAUUAUUGUAUGUUUAAACCUGGUGACAUGAGGCAGCGGGCAGCAAAAAAUAAAAAUCGUUCUAUUUUACGUGAUUUAAUUACAUUUCUCCAGAAGCUGUUUAAAAUCCAAGCAGACAAGCACUUUGAGACAUGCAGUAGGUGGCAGCAAAGGGACACGCAUGGGCUUUAAUUUGGCGAAAGAUGUUGGGAACCACUGGUCUACACACAAUCAGGCAAACCUUAAAUAGUCUUUUGAUUUAAAUCACCAACAGUUCAACUAAAGAAUUGGUUCAAUGUUAACAAAUCUGGUCAGAUAUUUGAUGCCAGCUUUCAUUCAUUAACGUGUCUCGAUAUCGAUUGGUACAAAAGGAAGUAUUUAGGUUUGAUACCCAGCCCCACCUAUGCAGAAGGACUCUCACACCGAGGUGUCUUUGAAAUAGUGAUGUUUUGAAAUCGAAUUAGUUAAAUAAGUCAAAGAAUUGGCUCAGUUUCGCUCAUUUCUGGAUAAAUGGGGUAACCUCAGCUUUAUAGCGUAGACAGAUGAGUUCACCCGUGGACGGCAGUAUCAGCUUUGCUCAUUUGCAGAUGAUUUGAUGCUAACACUUACGGAUACUCCUAUAUUUGUGAGCAUUUCGAGGCCUAUACUUCACUCCUGAACUCACGGACCUUUUCUGAUUUUGUACAACAGCUGUUCAUAAGUGAAAUUGCAUUUGAUAACGGGUGUCUGUCCCAUUCACAGAUUAAGGGGCAUACAAAUCAAAGAUGUACCUGUGGUUAAACUUUUUUUUCUUUGCUAUGUGCACUCAUGUGAAUACCACAUCAGUACUCUUAUGGAGACAACUCUGCUCUCUGUCAAACUUUGUUUUUAAACUACGGGCAUUUUCUGUCUCUAACAAACAUGCAGUCUCUCAAUUGGUACUUUGUACAAUUCAGUAUUACCACGUUUUUGAGAAAAAAGAUAAAUGUUCUAGGUUUUAAAAGCAGUUUGUCUUGAUGGUUUUUAUUUCUCCACUACACAUCUUAAAUAUCCACUCUCUUCACACACAUCAUCCAACAUCCACAGCUACCUUUUCCACAUAAUAUCCAGCUAUCAUUACCUAAAAGCAUUUGCCCUGAUUAUUUUGUAUCUGUAAAGUGCAACUCGCAUACUUUUUCUACAAACAACGUGCCUAGUUUGUAAAAUGUAUCCAAAAGCCGCACUGCCCAUGAGACUAAAACACUCAGAGGUUAACCUCCAUCCAUCCAUCCAUCCAUCCACCUUUCUCAUCUCUGUACACAUCCAUCCAAUCAUCCAUCCAUCCACCCAUCCAUCCAUCCAUCCAUCUUUCUCAUCUCUGUACACAUCCAUCCAAUCAUCCAUCCAUCCACCCAUCCAUCCAUCCAUCCAUCUUUCUCAUCUCUGUACACAUCCAUCCAAUCAUCCAUCCAUCCAUCUUUCUCAUCUCUGUACACAUCCAUUCAAUCAUCCAUCAUCCAUCAUCCAUCCAUCCAUCCAUCCAUCCAUCCAUCCAUCCAUCCAUCCAUCCAUCCAUCCAUCCAUCCAUCCAUCCAUCCAUCCAUCCAUCCAUCCAUCCAUCCAUCCAUCCAUCCAUCCAUCCAUCCAUCCAUCCAUCCAUCCAUCCAUCCAUCCAUCCAAUGAAUUGUUGCUCCCCUCAGAAUGGGUUAUUUUUUAUCAAACAUGUUUUUGUAUGUAUAACAUCGAGGAACAAAUCAUUUCUUCCACAUAUCUGAAACGUACGCUCUCACUUGUUUGUGUUUUCCACUGGUGAUUUUGUUUUGAGGCUGUUUUUCUGUGUAAAGAGAUGACUGUAUUUUACACAGGUUUAUGGCCAAUGGGCUGUUGUGGCCAAUGAGAUGCCUGAGGAUUAUUUUAAAAGCAUUUAUCAUUUGGA